AUGUCCAUCUUCCUCGUCAACAUCUGGCAAAUCCUGGGCGCAUGCGCCCCCAACUUUGGUAGCGUUAUGGCCGCACGGGCACUGGGCGGUAUCAGCUGCGCCGGUGGCAGUGUCACCCUCGGCAUGGUAGCUGACCUGUACGGUCCGGACAAUCAACAAUGGGCUGUCGCCUAUGUCGUCCUCUCCUCCGUCCUUGGCACGUCCAUCGGCCCCGUCGUGGGCGGUCCGAUCGAAAAGUUUCUCCCCUGGUACUGGAACUUCUGGAUCCAGCUCAUCUUCGGCGCUUCCGCCCAGGCUAUCCAUUUCUUCAUGCCCGAGAGCCGAUCGACCAUCAUCAUGGACCGCGAGGCGCGACGGCGGCGCAAGACCGGUGAGGAUCCAAACGUGUACGGCCCGAACGAAGUCAAGAACCCGCGCAUCUCCAUGCACGAGUUUCUCAUCACCUGGACCCGGCCUUUUGAGAUGUUUCUGCGCGAGCCUAUUGUCCUCAGCUGCUCUCUCCUCUCUGGAUUCUCGGAUGCUCUCAUCUUCACGUUCCAGGAGGGUUUCCACCCUGUCUACGAGCAAUGGGGAUUUGGCACCUUGCAGAUUGCCUGGGCGUUCAUUCCCAUCAACAUUGGCUACUUUGUCGCGUGGGCCAGCUAUUGGCCCUGGAUUAUCAAAGACCAGCAUAAGCUCCAGGCAAAGGGGUCGGAGAAGCUCGCACCCGAGUUCCGUCUCAAGUUGCUGCUCUGGCUAGCUCCGUUGGAGACGAUCGGGCUCUUUGGAUUUGCCUGGACAUCCAUGGGACCGCCCGAGUCGCACUGGAUCGCGCCCAUGAUCUUCUCCUUCUUGAUUGCGAUUGCCAACUACGCCAUCUACAUGUCGACUGUCGACUACAUGAUCGCCGCCUACGGCGUCUAUUCCGCGUCAGCGACAGGUGGCAACGGAUUUGCUCGAGAUCUCCUCGCGGGUAUCGCUGCGCUCUACGCUGGCCCGCUCUACAGCAACAUUCCGCCCAAGAAACGCCAUCUCGAAUACGCCAGCACGAUCCUCGCCUGCAUUGCCUUUGUCGUGCUCAUACCCGUAUACGUCAUCUACUUCUACGGACCUCGGAUUCGCGCCAAGUCCAAGUUUGCGCAGACACUAGACGCGGAGAGGAAAGCCAAGGGACAGAGGAGACUCACCGCGGCGGAACCAGAGGACUUGGAGCCCAAGAAUCUGUAG